AUGAAUGAUAAAUUAGAUUUAAACAUUGGAUUGUUACAUGAUCGAUUUCUAACGUUUAAGAAAUUGUAUAUCGGUGAAAAUGCAUCAAACUUUAAUAGUUUAUCAUUGCCCACCUCAAAAGAAUAUGAAAAGGCUGUUUACAAUAUAAAGUUUGGUCAGCACAUUCAAUCGGGUCUGAUCCCUUUUAUUCUUCCAAGGGAAAAGGCACCACCAAUCCCUGUCAAUCCUACUCGUAUCGAUGUUUUACAAUACUACAUAGAUGGUAUUGCAGCUCUUAUUGUCGCAAAGAGCUUACAUUGCAACCAAGAAAGAUUUUCCAAGAUAAUCACAAUCUAUCUUUCAGUCUGUGCCUUGAUGAUUGAAAAACUUUCAUUUGCUUUGAAACAACAACAACAGGAACAACAACUAUUGCAACCACCAAAUAUUAAUAAUAGCAUCAUCCAACAACUCGAUAUUCCAUUAAUAAUUCAUUUUAAAAAAGAGUUGGAAUGCCUCAAACAAUUAAGAUCAAUAUUUAUUUCAUCACCGCAACCACUUGCAUAUGCUGAUGCUCAACCUCAUAUAAUUCUUAGCUACCAACGCUAUCUAUUCUCACUUCUUCACUGUGGACAUUGGACACUUCAAGGACCAAGCGACCUAGAAAAGUUAAAUUACUCCAACAAAAUCUAUGAAAACCUUCAAAUUCUCGUCCAAAAGAACCCAAACAUCCCAACCUUUCGAUAUUCUUUUGGUUCUUUUUGCUACUCUUUCUUUAAAUACCAUCAAGUCGUCUACAGAAUCGAUUCUCUUCAGUUUUUCAACUUUAAAAACGAUCAUUCAUUUGAUCCGAAAAUCUAUUCAAUUUUAAACGAUUUAUUGAACCAAUCAAAUAGAUCUUACCUUGUGGAAUUUGAAAAGGAUCCUAUUAAUAAUCCAGAGUAUUGGUUUGUUUAUGCAAAAACUUGUUGUUUGCUUGGUAUUGAAGAAAAGGCACAAAGUUGGAUUCAGCUUUUCAUCAAUGAUGCAUUCAAUCGUAUUGAAAGAGCAAAUCUCGUAAGAACUGAUCCAGAUAUUGCUCCCUACAGCUCUAAAAGUUGGUACAAGGAACUAAUGUCAUCUAUUGAUUCUGAACAAAAAAGAUUGAGUGAACAAGAAAUUAGACGGGAACAAGAAAAACAAAAACAACAACAAGUUCAACAAGAAAACAACCAAUCGCUUUACAAUGAAUUUAAACAAAAGCAAAUUAUUGAAGGUUGCGCUCCCAAAUAUAUGAACAAUGAUUCACUUCUCAUCUCUUCUGUUAUCCUUCUAAGCAUGACUCAGCCAAAAGAAUCAAAGGAGGCCGAAAUCGCCAAGCAAAGAUUAAGUGAAAGAUUGGACCUUUAUAUGCUUCAAAACAGUAAAGAAAUUCCAGGUGAUGGAAAUUGUCAAAUGCAUGCCUUGUCUGACCAAAUCUUUGAUGAUUUAAACCAUAGUCAAGAUGUUAGAAAAACUAUAGUCGAUUGGCUCCGAAAAAAUAAGGAUUUUUCUUUUCCAAAUGGAGCAACUUUAUGUCAAUUUGUAAAUGGUAGCUGGGAAGAUUAUUGUAAUGAAAUGUCAAAGAAUGGAAUUUGGGGUGAUCACUUGACACUUUUGGCAGCAGCAGAGAUUUACAAAGCAAAGAUUAGUAUCAUAUCAUCGGUAGAGAGCACAAGCCAUUUCUUUAUUGAAAUUAUUCCCACCAAGAUUGAAAAUACAAAAGUAUUCCUCUUGUCCCAUUAUUCAGAGUUCCAUUACGGAUCACUUUGUUUCAAACCAUAA